GCUGUCAUUCUGAUGCUGCACCAUUGUUCCCCGAGCAGCCGGAAGAAGUGCCUGUAUAAGCACUACUGCAUGCGACAGCUGCAUCGGUCAGCCCAGUAUACUGUUCUGGAAACCGGGUCUGGGUUCACUGCUUUCUUUAAUGUAAAAUUUCUGCCGGGUAAAACUGGAUCAUGUUCGAGGAGAAAAACUGUGAAGUCCUCUGAGAGCUCCAUGGAGAGUCAGGCAGGAUACUGAUAAUAACGAAAUGAAUGAAUAGAAGUGGGUUGUCGCAGUGUAACUCACUUAGCUAAAGUGCUACAGGCCCAGCCAACUACAAGCAGCAUAACCGACACGGCACGGGGUGACCGGUUUUGACCCGGCUUGGCUGUCAGAGGGGAAAUGGUACCCCUGGCUGUACAAGACUGAGUUUGGUCAUUUUGACAUCCCACCCAUGUGAUCUCACAGGCUGCCUCUGCUCCCUGCUCCACUCUCCGCUCCAGUCAGGCUCCUGCCUUUCAGCCCAGCUGCAGCUAAUGAGCCUUUGUGCGGCCAAAGAUAUAAAGCGAAGGGAGAGUGCAACACAGUGACAGAAGAGGGAGUUGGAAGUGAGAAAGACUGUCGUCUUGCAACAAUAAAGCAUAUGUUACCGACAACGCAGGCAGAGCUGGAAAAUUACUCGUCUCCCUCGACCUCCUGCACACUUUGCUCUCCCUCUGUCUCUCUCUCUCUCUCAUGCCCGUGGAGCUCAGGGGUCGCUGCAAGUCAGUGGGCUGAGACAAAAUGAGAAUCUCUCCAUUCAUCAUGUUUCACCUUCUCUGAGUGGCCACAUUUGUGACUGGGUGGUUGUAGCGUUGUGAGAAGAGGUGAGAGGAGUCACACUCUGCCAGUGGAUACAGUUUCAGGUGCAGAUGCUGCAGGCCAUGAGCGGAAUACUGAAGAGAAAAUUUGAGGAGGUGGAAGCCUCCUCCUCCCCGUGCUCCUCCGUGCGGGAGUCUGAUGAUGAGGUCUCCUGCAGCGAGAGUGGGGAUAGCAGCGACAGCGUUAACCCCUCCACCUCAAGUCCUUUCACCCCUGACUCCAUCUUGAAGCGGGAGAAGCGACUGCGGGCCAGGAGGGUACAUUUUGAGAAUGUGACCGUGUACUACUUCAACCGGCGGCAAGGCUUUACCAGUGUGCCCAGCCAGGGUGGCAGCACUCUGGGCAUGUCCAACAGACACAGCUGGGUCAGACAGUACUCCCUGGGAGAGUUUGCCCUGGAGCAGGAGAAGAUUCACAGAGAUUUACUCAAAGACCACUUGAAGGAAGAAAAACUCAACUCCAUAAAGCUAAAGCUGACUGAGAACGGCACAGUGGAGUCCGAAGAGGCCAACACGCUCACAGCAGAAGACAUCUCCGACGACGACAUCGAUCUAGACAACACUGAGGUAGACGAGUACUUCUUUUUGCAGCCUUUCACCACUAAAAAGCGCAGGGCACUACUGCGCUCCUCGGGGGUGAAGAAGAUUGAUGUGGAGGAGAAGCACGAACUUAGAGCCAUUCGCAUGUCCAGGGAAGACUGCGGCUGCGACUGCAGGCUGUUCUGUGACCCGGAGACCUGUGCUUGCAGCAUUGCAGGGAUCAAAUGUCAGGUGGAUCGAAUGUCAUUUCCAUGCGGCUGCACAAAAGAAGGCUGCAGCAAUUCAACCGGAAGAGUAGAGUUUAAUCCUAUCCGCGUUCGAACCCAUUUCCUGCACACCAUCAUGAAGCUGGAACUUGAGAAGAGCCGUGAGCAGCAACAAACCUCCCAGAACACCGGUUACUGCGGGGAGGCCAACGACAUGGGGAAAGGGAACCUGUUCACGCAGUCGCAGCACAGGUUGGACUACUCUUUGUCCAAUACUGUCCCACAGACAGCUGCUAUGCAUCUGCACGCUGGAGAUGAGAUGGAAGACCCUCUGGAUGAUGAAGAUGAGGAGGAUGAUGAAGAAGAUGAGGAAGAGGAGGAGGAAGAGAAUGAAGAUGAGGAGGAUGAGGAGGACAGCAGCAGUGUUUGUAGUGGGUUGUCCGAUUCCAGCACACAAAGCUUUGCCAACAGCGACUCCGAGGAUGAGGAGGAACCUGAAGGGAAGUCUGAGAAUUACGUGGACGACAUGAAGCCCCCAGUGGUUUCUCACACUGAAGUGGUGCCACCGUCCUCGGUAAUGUGUUACACCGAUGGCUCUGUGGGUCAUGAUAACCACAUUAACGGAAAUCCUUACCUAAUGAACUCUUCCUCCGCUGAGUACUAUCAGCUGGGGUGCUCCAGUGCCGACUCGAAUGUCCAAACCAGUCGGCCCAGUGAGUCCUACAGUGAGGCAUUAGGAUUCCCAGAUCCAAUCAGUGCGACGAACGGCAAUUUGACCCUGGGAACCUUCACCACGACCUCUGGGGAGUUCACGGGCUACUCCAAUCAUACAGAGAAGCAGUACAUGACCAAUCACCACCUUAAUCUGAAUGAGGGUGGUCCUGCCGCCUCGUUGCGCUGCUACCCACCUGAUCAAAACACCAAGGUGCUGUCCAAGGCCAUGUUUGCAGAGCAGCCUGAGAACCAGAACCACACAGAGCUUCAAAACUACCUUAACAACAACAGUAAGGAGUCCUACAGCAGUAACAGCGUCACAUGUACGCCACCGGAACAGCAUCAGCAGGAAUCAAGUGCUAAUGGACUUCCUGACCUAACCUUACUAUCAAACAAUUCUAAGAACCUUCCUUUACCAGACCAUUGCCCUGAGGUCACAGCCAAUUAAAAAGGCCUUGAGCUUUCAAUUAGUACAUCCUCACUUGAACCUGACUGUGUUGUACUUUUAGGGAACAUCAUCAUUGCCUUUUUCCAUUUUUUUCAAAACAAUUUACUGAAUAGCUGGUGGAGGUGUCUGGGGAGAGGGACGUCUGGGUGUCUCUACUGAGUCUGCUGCCCCCGCGACCUGGUCCCGGAUGAAGCGGAAAACGACAACUUUACUGAAUAAUACCACAUUUUUCAUCUGUAACUCUAAAGCCAUAGAUAGGUUUGUGAUGGAAACACCUUUGUGGUACCGUUGACAAAUGCAGGUUUCUCCAUUACACAAGUCCAAAAUCCCAGAGAUAAUAUAAAAAGUACGAACAACUUAUGUCAUGCUGUGCAAUGUAACUUUUGCAGAGCUAAAGUUCUAGUUUCAAGCAAAUAUUGUACUGUAGAUGGAGCUUUUCUGUCCUCUGUAUGUGCAAAAAAAUGUCAGUUUUAUUUACUGUGGCUGAAAUAUUAGUGUAUCCUUAUAUAUUGUAAAUGUUUUCGUAAAAAUAUGCAUGCUGUUUUGGGACUCAUUGAAAAAUUGCCUCAGUUUAGGAAAAAAGUUGUAUUCAUAAUGUACAGUUAUCAUCUUUUAUGACUUGAAAAUCAUAAGAAUUCUUUUAAUCCAAGUGACCAGUCAGGUCAUUUUGAAGAGUUUUGCACUUAAAGUCUACUUUGGGUUCAGUGGCAUGUAUUUACUUAUUGACAAAAUCUCACAUUUAAAAAGAUUACGUUUUACAAUUGCAUACACAAUUAGAAGUUAGAGAGGGCAUAUUGUUGAAAAUAUUCUGGUAUAUUUUAAAAUAGCCUAGAAAGCUUUUUGAUUCAUUACCUACAACAGAAAGUUAUAUCAUCACUUUUUGUUUUCAGUUAUGUUUGAAUUUGUAGAUCAUAAUAGCAUACAUUUUCAUGUGCAAAAUCAAGCGAGUUGCAGAAGCAUGAUGACAUUACUUGUGGAAUGCCAAACUCAGGCAUCAAUGCGUAACACAAUGAAAAAUUCAAGAUAAAAGUUGUGAAACAAAGUCUGCAGCUCUAAUUUGAGUUACUAAAAUUCAAAUUGCUCUGUGGUGCACUGAGCCAGACCUAUAACUCAUCAAAAGAAACUAUGACAGUAUUCAGGUUACAUGUUGGAAUCUGUGCUCCAAUUCUGACCAGCAUUGUUACUCUGAUGCUUACAGGCGACAGCACUCCCAUUUUUACAGAAUCCUUUAACAGAAUACAAACCCAUGCAGCGAUUGUACAAGUUUCACUUUACCUCACAUAAUCAGUGUGUAUAAGCAUGAAACUGCACUACGGUAUUACAGCUGAGAAAGCCCUUAUGCCUAGGACACUAUGUCACUACAACGAAAAUCACUUCAUCUUCCCCUCCUGUGGGGGUUAGAAGGGUAGUUGAUAUAUUUAUAUAGAAGCUGCAGAAAAACAUUAUCUCCUUCAUUUGGCUCAAACAGAAAAAUGCUGCAGUUUUUAUGAUUAUUAACUACCCUUCUAACCCUUAUGUAGGAGUUAGAAGGGUAGUAAAUACACUCAAAUUUAAGCUGCAGUCAAAAGUUAUUUCCAAUUGGCUCAGACACAGAGAAAAUUGAUAGCCUAUUACAUACAGAAGUAGCUUUUAAUUUGAAGCCUCGAGGCACCAGCAGGGGUUUUGUGCUAACAGAGGACACAAUGAAAAAAAAAAAAAAAGAGAAGGAUAAACCACUGUCAAAGAACACAUCUCCCCUGAUAAGCUCUAUGCUCAACACCUGAGUCGCCUCAGUGGUCUGGCUGUUGACUCCGUGCUAGAGCUACAGGUCCUAAUCAUGGCAUAAACGGUGGUGUGUUCUGAUCUCUUAGGUGCGAGUUGUUCCUUUCCCUAAAUCAAAGUUUCCAGUUGUUUGAUAAUCUUGACGGAUCAUCAGUUUCCAAUAGAGAGAGUUCUUGGUAGGUGAGGACUAAUCUAUUCUCUUCACCUGUUUAAUUCCAUGGAGCUCACCCAUGUUUCCUGCAUAGAUGAUCUUUGGAAAAAAAACCAAAAGUGCACAAUCCUUUUCCUGUACUGCCAAGAGGUGUCCACACAUCCACAUUCUACAUUCAUAUGGAUUUUUUUUUGUCUAGGAAACAUUCCCAGCGAUUUCAAGCCGCUGGAGACGCUACGUCCAUUUGUAAAAGCGCUUCCCGUUUCAGUGCCAUUACGUAUCCACUUCAAAAACCAAAGGAAAGUCUGACUUAUUUUUCAUAUUUCCAAUUAAAAAUUUUCUGGCUCUAAAAGGUGAUAUUUUCCCCUUUCAGCUAGGUGGGCUACACCUUACAGUGUAAAAAGUAAGAUGAUUUUCAAUGUGGAUCCAAUAAGAAUAUUUGGCUAGAGGAGGUGCAACAAGCAUGAUUAGCCUUUCCUUUUAAAGUAGUUUUUUAAUAAAGUGAGAUAGAGUAGCCUUUAAUUUAAAUUUGAUUUGCCUGUUUGUAUUUACCUAUAGCAUCACGUUUAAUUGAAAACAAAAAACGAUUUAGCUGUUGUUCUUCGGAUAAACAGUUGUUCAGGCUUGACAAUAAAAAUAGAAUUUCAGACAAGAUUGAUUUCAUGAGAAGUACAAACUGAACUGAAUCAUCUUAGCAAUGAAAAGCCAGUUUUUAAAAGCCUGUUUACUUAAAAUGUGUAAAUAGUGGCAUAUAUAUAUAUAUAUACAUAUAUAUAUAUAUAUAUAUAUACAUAUAUAUAUAUAUAUAUAUAUACAUAUAUAUAUAUAUAUAUAUAUAUAUAUAUAUAUAUGUAAACAAUAGCAGACAAAAUGAAUUAGAAGUUCUCAAAAAUAGAACUAAUAAAUUGCAUGGAAAGCUCCAAUGAAGUUCUUUACUCCUUGCUCUUGCAUAACUACAGGACUUUUCUUCACUUUCAAGCUUGCAUAUCCAUUAAUCUUUACUGUAACAGGAGUUCGGCGCUAAAUCUUUAUAAUUUUUUGUGCGUUUGUUCAUUAGUUGGGGGCCUCCAAUGCCACUUUUCAUUUAGCAGUAAAUCAGCUGCAUCAACACAAACCUAUAAUACAUAGAAAUUGUGCCAAAGUGUACAGUGUGGGAAGACUCCUUACGAAGACAUUGCUCCCAGUUAGGAAUCAUGUGUUUUAAGUUUCAGUAUUUAUUAUAAAAUAUUGAAAUGUGUAUUUAUUGUGGUUUACUAAAAGUCUGUAUUGAGUAACUUGAUAUGUUAAAACUGUCUUUCGUUUCAUGCAAGUCAACGUGAAUUGUAAAGCUUCAUGUGCCUGGUUUAUUUAAUUUCGUUUCAUAUUUGGUGAAAUGCAUAGGAUUUGCACAAAACUAGCAUAAUUUGUUUUUCCAAGUUUUUAUGUUUCUAACUGUACAUAAAGCCUACAUAAUUUUCAGUUGUUGCAUUUCAACAUGUUUUCGAAUACAUUUUAUAAAAUGUGUGAUGUUGAAACAUUUUCAA